AUGCUGGAUGUUGUAAUUGUUAAACUUGAAGAACUAGACGAUUUUGAUGAUCUCUCUAGGUUGAAACAAGCGUUUGGUCCUGAUUCAUUGGGAAUUAUUAUCGUGAAACAUCAGGAUCCUCAUAUAGCUUCUCUCCGAAACAUAGUACUUCUGAAUGCUUCUAAAUUAGCAAACUUACCUCCAACCAAACUUUCCCAACUUGAAUGUCCCGAGGCAUUCUGGCUUGUAGGGUGGUCACGAGGUCGAGAGAGACUUAAGAAUGGUGAAUAUGAUUUCAACAAGGGUUCUUUCUAUGCUAAUUGUGCGUUCCAUGUUAAUCCUCAAUAUGAAUGUCCUCCACCGGAGAUGUGUCUGGGGGAUUAUAGUCAGUUCAAAGCAUAUACAACGAGGAACAUAUGGCCAAGUGAUAAUACGAUUAAACUGUUUGAAAAAGAUUUCAAAGAGUUGUGCAACUAUAUCUUGAACGUGGCUGGGAAAGUAGCUCGAAUAUGUGAUCAAUAUAUGACCCAGAUAGUUGAAGAUUUCCAGCCAGGAUUCCUUGAGCGGAUAGUUAAAGAGUCUACCACUACAAAGGCUAGAAUGCUCCAUUAUUACCCUAUUGCAGGCACAUCAGGCAUACAAGAUGAUUGGUGUGGUGAACACUUGGAUCAUAGUUGUCUUACUGGGCUUUUACCUGCCUCAUAUGUUGAUGGUGGUGGUGAAAUUGUGAGUGAUACAAGUCCGGACAAUGAAGGAGGACUUUAUAUUCGCAAUAGGAAAGGCGAACUGGUUAAAGUGGAUAUCCCAUCAGAUUGUAUAGCUUUCCAAACGGGGUCUGCAUUAGAAGAAAUUACCAGAGGCAGAUUUAAAGCUGUUCCUCAUUAUGUAAAGGGUGUUCUGGUGGAAGGCAUUGCCAGGAAUACAUUGGCUGUGUUUUGUCAGCCUAAUUUACAUGAAUUGGUUAAUGAUACUCAAGACUUUGCUCAAUAUGCACAAAUGAUUCUUGAAAAGCAUCACUAA